GUUUCUAUUUUUUGACAGUAUAACACUUAUAACAGAAACGUCAUCCCAUCUGACAGAGUAAAUGUUAUGUCAUUCGGAAGAGUCAAAGUAAAAAAUAUUAACUGUUUGGAGUAACAUAAUUAGCUUUCAAAAAUGAGUGGUGCAACAUCAAAAUUGAACGCCAUCCAGCGUUUGUUCCGUUUCACCGGAAUGGAGAAAGGAAUGGGAAGCUUAUUUGGCUGCGUAAUUGUUGGAUUUAACAUUGGUGCCCUCAUUGAUCGUUCAGACACCAACAGCAUGGUCAUCUUCCGCGAUAAAAGCGCACUGUAUGGUGGUCGCGUGAAAGAAGGCGAUAAACCAAGCUGGCCAUCACAAGAAGUUUACUGGACAUAAAUAAAACGAAAAUACCGCCGACCUGGCAUGGAAUUUCUUUCAUCUGACAGUAAACACGAGAUACUUUGUUGCUUUGAAUGGAUGCCAGUCAAAUCAUAUAGAUAAACUUAUGUAAAAAAAAAAAAUCUGCAAUUAAAAAAAAAUAUCAUAGUUGAAAAAGCCAAAAA